AUGUCGUCCGCUACCGAGGACGUCAAUAGCAGUCCACUGACAUGUAUAGCGUCCACGGCAAUCGGUCGUGGGCCUUCUGUUGAACGGAUAGCCGGCGACAGGAAGCCUGGACGCGGCGAACUCAUCACAAAGGCUCAAUUCACGCCAGAUGGGACGGCCAUUAUCGCCCAGCACGAUGACCAUCAUCUGAAGACCUUUGUACUUCCGACAGACUUGCUGGAAGAAGAGCAACAACCUCAUCAAUUGACGGCCUAUGCAACCCACAAGUCCGCGACCGAAAUCCAGGAUUUCGCCAUAUUCCCCGGCUUCGACCUCUCAGACAUUUCGACCACCUAUGCCCUAUGCGGCGACAACGACCAGCCCAUAUCUCUUCGCAAUGUCUGCGACUGGACAUACUCCCAAGCAAAGUAUCCGCUUGUGAAUGAUAGAACCGAAGCACACUACUCGCCGCGCACGCUUCACUUCAUCAACAGCGGCUCCCACUUCCUGGUCGGCACUCACAACAGCCUUGCCGUGUUCGACGUCACCCGUUACAAUGCCGGCCCUGUGUCCUUGCUGCAGCUCAAACCCAGGAAAGGCACAUAUAACGGCAUGCCGCUCACUCGUAAAGCUUACGUGAGUGCUCUGGCGACAAGCGUGGAUGGUGUCCUCGCUCUAGGCACGACCGAGAGGGAGAUCGCUCUUUAUGACCACUCGGGAAUGGGAGAACGUACAGCUACAUUCAACAUGGAUCCAUAUCGAGGGACUGGGGUCAGUUUUUUGAAGUGGAGCCCGUGCGGCAAGUAUCUCCUCGUUGCCGAACGACGGUCGGAUGAGAUACAUGUGUUCGACAUUCGCGGUACGAGGAGGCAGCUUUCAACUCUUGUCGGACGCGCGGGAAACACCAACCAGCGGCUAGGACUUGAUAUCGUGCAUACUAGAGGAGAAAGCUAUGAGCUCUGGGCUGGUGGAAUGGAUGGUGUGGUUCGCAUGUGGCAUAACCCUGGAUCAAAGGAGGGAGAAUGUCCGCCAAGUGAAGAUCUGAAGGCCCACCAAGUCCCAGACGUCGCGCGGCACGGUCAUGCCGCGACAUAG